UUUGUUUGACAGAAAAUAUGGCAAAUAAUUAGCUACGUACUCCUAUGACACUCAACUUCAAAAUUAUUUGUAAGAAAAUGGAACAAAACUAUUUAAUUUCAAUAUUUCUUUUUAUAUACUUAUCAGAAAAAAUAGUAAACGCUCAGAACGAUGUACAAAGUAAAAAAGUUUAUAUUCCCCCUGGAAAUAUCCAAUUUCCCUAUGGGGAUGAAUAUCAGAUAAACACAAAUAUAAACCUUAACGAAAUAAAUAGAAUUGUAUGUACAGAUACGCAAUUUUUUAUACCACCCCAAGGAAAAUGUCCUUUUCCGCCCGAAGACCCUUCAGAUAUGAAAUUAACCUGCCCAUAUAUUAACUGUCCAGAGUUUAAAAGUUUUGGAUUAUCAGAUACGGAAACUUUAGGUGAUGAAAUAGUACCACCCGCAGUUCAAUGCAAAAUAUGUGACGUAAAACAAACUUCGGAUAAUGAGGCAGUUCUCCUGAGCUGCUCACAUUGUUAUGAUAUCGUCGCUCCCGGCCAACAACCACGUUUAAAUGAAAAAGACAUUCUAUAUCGAAUCUAUUUUAUAGAAAUAGCCAACUAUACUUCUGUAAAUAUAACUGGCGAAGAAAACUUCUAAUGUUCCUUAAUAGAAUAAUACCAGGUAUAUGUUAAUUUGUGAAUAAAAACGGUGUAGAUUUUA